CCUCCAAAGGUCUCUGCACGCCCCUGCUGUACAGGCCUGAUGCUAUUUCUGUCGUCCCGGGAAGGAGCUGGAUGCGCCAACAGACAGCUGAAGUUACCAAUCUGCGCACGGCUGCGCCCCCCACCAAAAAUAACCACAGCGGCGUGCACGUGGGUGUGCGUGAUCCCGGGCCAUGUCUUCGUCCUGGGAGCGCUCUAAUAAUAGAAGAGGCUGCCCGCGCCCGUAAGACCCCCUUUUGUUGCAUUUUUUUUAGCCGCAUACAUCAGAAACAAAAUGGUCAUCAAAGUUUUCCUCGCCUCCUCCUCUGGAUCCACUGCGAUCAAGAAGAAACAGCAGGAUGUGGUUUCGUUCUUGGAUGCUCUGAAGGUGGACUACACAGAGCUGGACAUCGCCUGCAAUGAGCAGAACCGCAUGUGGAUGAGGCAAAAUGUCCCGGAGGAGAAAAAGCCUUCCAACGGCAUCCCCCUUCCUCCACAAAUUUUUAAUGAAGAGAGCUACUGUGGGGAUUAUGACACCUUCUUUGAUGCCAAAGAGGACAACAGAGUGUACACCUUUCUAGGCCUGCCUCCCCCACCUGGGUCAAAGGAAGCAGAGCAGACUGACAAGGAGCUCAACGGGACUCUGGAAGAACAUCCAGACGACGCAGCAGAGGUUCCGGUGGAGGAGCGAAACGGGGGUUCACACAGAGAGGAGGAGGAAGGAGAGAGAGAAGGUGAGGGUGGUGAGGCAGAGGAUGAGGAGACGGAAGGAGACACGGCCCUCGCAGAAGAGGAGGAUGAGGAGGAGGCUGAGGGGGAAGAAGACAAUGAAGAGGAGGCACAAGCAGAAGAGGAAGAAGAUCAGGAACGAGAGGAUUUGCGGUCCGAGGAGGAGGAAGAACUUCAGCAGCUUGAGGAAGAGGAGGACGCAGAGGAACAAGAGGAGGAUGAGGAGGAGUAGUUUAAGCAUCUCAAUGUUGAGGAAAACUGACUCACCAGUCCAGCUUCAACCAGCUCCCUGCUCCAUCCUCCGCCCACUCAAACCGAUGGACGGCCCCUCCCUGACGCUGCGCUGGAAACGUCUGGAAACCGCUGGCCAUGUGCUUGCAUUUGACCCACCACUGUCUCCCUUUUGACUGCUU